UGUCUAUAUUUACUGAGUAGAAUCAGAUUUCUGACAUUAUUUUUUUGAUGGAUACAAAAGAUGACUGACAAUGAGAAUAUAGAGGAAAAGACUUCCCGUGGGGCUGAUUGGGAGGUUGUAUCCCUCACGGCAUCAACAUAUGCAGCUGCUUCUGGUCCUGACGAAGUUAAGUUGAAGGAAGAUGUGUGUGCCCAGGAUGAAGGAGAAAUGUCACAUGCAUUGUUCAUGUCUGGCCACUCUGUCUUUCCACCAAGUCAACAUGAGAACUUGCUGGUGGAGCCUGACUAUAGCGAGAUUCUUGAUGAAUCUGGAAGCAAAGAUGUUCCUGUUGGAAAGGAUUAAGGAAACUUGACAUUCACAGGAUUAAUGCUUCAGGAGUUUGAGGGUAUGCCGUAUUUUGAUGAGACAAUCAGCAGGUUGUCUGUUCAUGGGAAACAAUUUGAGGAAGGUGCAACUCUACACGGUUUUGGUUUGACUGGAGAAGAAGAAACUAUGUAUGACUCUCCAAAGUACACUUCUUUCCACAGUGGAACCGAUAUUGGUUGUGUAGUAGCAUGCGGAGAAAGCAUAAUUGAGGCCAAAACAACUGAGCUAGUAGAGCAAGGGUCAAAUGUCGGUCCCGAUUUAUGGCUGUCAACCACGACACCUACCAAAGAUGAUAGAUACAGCCCUUUAGAUCUUCCAUGUGGAGCUUGGUGGAAAAGAAGAGCAUUUCGUUCUGUAUGUGUUGCAGCUAUGGUGAUGGGCGUUGUGAUGGUUGGACACCACUGGCAGCAAGAAAGAUUUUUGCAACUCAAGUGGCUGAAUGUAAAUGGCGAGGCAAGAAGCAGGGUACUUGUUACCAUAUAUCGACUCAAAGAUAUGAUUGUCGGCAGCCACCGUCCAGUUUCCUUGAUCAGAGGAGGCUCCUCUGGUGAAAGUUAAGAUAAAGGCUGCUGUGAAAAGCUAAAGAUAAUAACAAAAACUGCUUUACAUGAAGCUGAGAGAAGUGCUACAGGUUUCCAAAAUACUAGGAUUGGUCGUUUGAAAUUUAUGAACAACGUUGCGCUGGCUUCGUAUUAGGAUUGGUUGAGCUUCCUAUUUGUGAUUGUUGUUGAAAUAUUUAUCUGGUGAGUUCUUUAUCUUUGCCUUGAUUUGCAUUGUAUAUAGCUCUGAAAUGUUCUUCAACUUAGUAAAUUUGUAUUUCAUUCUAUUUUUGUGGAAUUCACGGUUUAGACACCAAAGAUAAGAUGUAAAUGAAGUGGCUAUUUGCCUAUGAGUUGUAGCUCAAACGCAUUUGUCUCCCUCUCCGAAUGGGAGGGUUCAGGUUCAAAUCUCUCUUUAAUGUAACUUGACCCAAAAAAAUGAA